AUGAGCCAAACAACGCCGACGAAAAAAUCGGCCGAUCCGGGCGGCACCCAACUUGACUCGCCAUUCAAAAGAGCUCGACUCGAAGAUGAUGAGCCACGGGCGAGCCAAUCAUCAGAGUAUCGGAUCGAUUCCGUCGGAGAUGGGCUGUCGGCGAGAUUUCCGAAUGAUUUCCAUCCAUAUUCAACUCAAUCAACAAUCAUCAAGGCAAUCAUCGAAGCGGCUCAAAAACGGGAAAGACUUUUGAUUGAGAGUCCAACAGGAUCAGGAAAGACGAUGAGUUUGAUCAUCGGAGCACUCGAAGCCUUGAAUGGAAAUGGAACAAGUGUUGAGAACAAACCUGAGCGUUUGAUUUUCUGCUCGAGAACUCAUUCUCAGCUCCAACAAACGAUUUCCGAGAUGAGACGAGCUGGCUUUCUUCUCAAGGAUUUCAGACACACGAUCUUGGCUUCAAGGAAAAAUUAUUGCACAAAUUCGAAAGUGGCUACUUCAACAGGCCUCAAUACGAAAUGCCGAGCUCUUGUCAAUCACAAACAAUCGAUUAAAGUUGAUGGAGCUGAUUGCAAGAAAUUUUGCCCAAUGUGGGAGAACUUUCAAAAGGCCAAAGAGAAGCCGAAUUAUCCGAGUCAACAUGAAGGAUCUGGUUUGAAAACUCAAAAGAAAACUUUUCGAGAGGAAUUCGUUGAUACAAAAGUUGCGAAUCAACUCUGGAACGUCGAGGAUCUGAAAACAGCUUUAUCCGACAAGAUGAAAAAUUAUCAAUUCGACUUGGAAGACUCACCUUUUUACUCAAGAAAUUGCACUGUACUGUUAGCUCCGGAUCCGGAUGGGCCCAAAUGUCCUUAUUAUGCGUCGAGGCAAAUGAUUGAUGAUGCGCAAAUCGUUUUCGCUCCUUACAACUAUGUGAUGAAUCCAACAAUCAGAAAAAUCUCUUUUGGUUCAAUGGGAUUGAGGAGAGCUCUUCUCGUGAUCGAUGAGGCUCAUAAUAUCGAGAAUCUUUGUCGAGAGGAGGCCUCAUUCGGGAUCACCGAUUUGUCAAUUCUGGAAACACUCGAAACGAUCGACAAAGCCGAUGAACGCCUAGCCAUCGCUUUGAGGGGCUUGGAAGCUCCAUUUAACGCUAAUCUGAAAAACGUCAGACGUGCCCUAAAUGAUCUCAAAACCUACGCCACAAAUUUCUUGAAGUGGUUGAUCGCUAAAGGAAAGCAGAAAUUCGGCGAAACGAGACAGCCCAGCAAUUUGACGGACUACAAAUUGAUUCUCUGUGAUCUACAAGACAGUCAAGAACUCAAUCUCUGUGGCAUCCUUUUGUCUUCGAUUGAUCUGGCCGACUUUCAAGUAAAAGAU